GCAAUAAAAACAUCACAUCUGACCGAGUUGUCUCGAGCGUGAGUUUGCCAGCAUCGUCGUACCUUUCUGGAUACCCACGAGCAGAGUUCUCGAAGGUCUCAUCAAUGGCGGAUCUGAAGUCAACCUUCCUCGACGUUUACUCCCGCCUCAAGUCGGAGCUCCUUCAGGACCCCGCCUUUGAAUUCACCGCUGAGUCACGCCAAUGGGUUGAACGGAUGCUGGACUACAAUGUACCCGGAGGGAAGCUGAAUCGGGGUCUCUCCGUUGUUGACAGCUACAAGCUCUUGAAGGAAGGCAAAGAAUUGACUGAGGAAGAUGUUCUCCUCUCCUGUGCUCUCGGUUGGUGCAUCGAAUGGCUCCAAGCCUAUUUCCUUGUGCUCGAUGACAUUAUGGAUAACUCAGUCACCCGACGUGGCCAGCCUUGCUGGUUCAGAGUGCCUCAGGUCAGUAUGAUUGCCAUUAACGAUGGAAUUCUGCUUCGCAAUCACAUUCCUCGGAUUCUCAAGAAGCACUUCCGAGGAAAGCCUUACUAUGUUGACCUGGUUGAUUUGUUUAACGAGGUGGAGUUUCAGACAGCUUGUGGGCAGAUGAUAGAUUUGAUCACGACCAUUGACGGAGAACAGAACUUGUCCAAGUAUUCUUUGUCAAUCCACCGGCGUAUUGUCCAGUACAAGACAGCUUAUUACUCGUUCUAUCUUCCUGUUGCUUGUGGACUGCUUAUGGCCGGAGAAGAUCUGCAAAACCAUAUUGAUGUAAAGAACAUUCUUAUAGACAUGGGAAUCUACUUUCAAGUGCAGGAUGAUUAUUUGGACUGCUUUGCCGAUCCUGAGACGCUUGGGAAGAUAGGAACUGAUAUUGAAGAUUUUAAAUGCUCGUGGUUGGUGGUCAAGGCGUUGGAGCGCAGCAACGAAGAACAAAAGAAGAUAUUAUAUGAGAACUAUGGUAAACCCGAGCCAUCAAACGUUGCCAAAGUGAAGGCUCUCUACAAAGAGCUCGAUCUCGAGGGAGUGUUUAAGGAAUACGAAAGCAAAAGCUACGAGAGGCUGACGAAGUUGAUCGAGGCUCACCCAAGUAAGGCAAUCCAAGCUGUGCUCAAGUCCUUUUUGGCUAAGAUCUACAAGAGGCAGAAGUAGAGAGACAUAUGCGCCUCUUGCCUCAAAUUCCUCUCUCUUAUGUCUUAAUUUCCAGUGAUUGAACCCGCCUCAGACUGAUUCUUUCUUGCAUUAUUUGUACUGUUUCAUGACUUAUCUGUCUGUGAUCAUUUGGUUCUGUUCGAAAUAUGAAUUCUAGAGAACUGAAAUAAUGAGUAAUAUUAUGAAUAAUCGUUA